ACUGGCACCUCCGGCAGCUUGGCCUCACGCUCCUCCCGUUUUAGACAGCGUACCUUGCUCCCUCGUGGUCGUGGACACCGUGUAUCAUGUGUCCUCAGUGUCACCUCUCUCGUGUCAACAUUAGCCAGAAAGGAAACUGGUUUUAGUGUUUACCUGGAAACAUAUAACAACAAAAGUUAGAUGAAUGAUGAAGAAAUUCGGAAAAUGUAAUGAUAUUAUGAUGAUCAAAACAGGGUGAAGGUAGUGAUUUGUGAAUUUUUCAGAAUAGAGACAUACAUGACUGAGAUUUAGAAGCUGUGCUGAAGCUUACCAAGUUGGGAAGUGUGAUGUUAUUUUAUUGAGGUCGUUAACUCGCCUGGUUGGGAGUGUGGCAGUCAUGAAAAUGUGUUUUGUUUGGACCAAGACAUGUGAACGUGUUUUUAAUUAGUGCCAGUGACGAGAAACCAGUUAGUGCCAGUGACGAGAAACCAGUUAGUGCCAGUGACGAGAAAGUGUCACCAGUUACUGCCAGUGACGAGAACGUGUCUUUAAUUAAUGCCAGUGACGAGAACGUGUCUUUAAUUAGUGCCAGUGACGAGAACGUGUCUUCAUUUGGUGCCAGUGACGAGAAAGUGCCACCAGUUAGUACCAGUGACGAGAAAGUGUCACCAGUUAGUACCAGUGACGAGAAAGUGUCACCAGUGACUGCCAGUGACGAGAACGUGUCUUUAAUUAAUGCCAGUGACGAGAACGUGUCUUUAAUUAGUGCCAGUGACGAGAACGUGUCUUCAUUUGGUGCCAGUGACGAGAAAGUGCCACCAGUUAGUACCAGUGACGAGAAAGUGUCACCAGUUAGUACCAGUGACGAGAAAGUGUCACCAGUGACUGCCAGUGACGAGAACGUGUCACCCAUAAACUAGAAAAUUAUAUUUACUUUUAUUCAUAUAGAAAAAAACGAAAACAAAACAAAACCCGGCGUCUGUCAGCACUAACAGCCAAAGCAUGUCAGGGUGGCGCCGCCCGCGCUGCUGCACUCUCUCUCAUAAUGCGUUGUGAGGACGAGUGAGUGAGUGGGGUGUGAGGUAUGGACGUGUGAGUCUGACCCAACUCACCAUGCAAUCCUCAGGCUGCCCUCUGCUGCUGCUGCUGCUUGAGCUGCUGCUCAUACUCACCCUUCAACACGGCCGGGCGUCUAGGGUGCGUCACCAGGAGGAGCUCCACCACCGGCCUCUCCCUCACUCCAACACCCUCCACGACUCCAGGAGAUUCAUGGUAGCCUUCUCCCACCCGGCCGCCAGCGACGCCGCCAACGCCUCCUCAUUAUCACGGUACCAUCCACAUCGGUCGAAAGGCUUGUAUAUGUUGAGUAAAUCCAGGGGUUUCCUGGACGGCGAUCAGCAGUUCCAGCAGCUGCAGCCUCAGAGAACCUGGACGGCUGGGCCUCGGCUGGACUACGAUGACACCACCACCAGGGACCCAGCCAUCCCUGACAAUCCUGAGGGACUCAAGAAUCCUUCCCUCCUGGUGGGGCCCUGGGAGGAGGAGCCAACCAUCAGAGUUACUGACGCCGUUUUCAGGGGCGUGAACGGCAGCGUUGUGGGCGCCCAGGCGGGCACUACCGCCAACCUUCCCUGCGUCAUCGUCCACAGAGCAGACCACGAGACUGUAUCGUGGAUCCGCCUCCGGGACCAUCACCUCAUCACAGUGGGUCGUCAGACCUACAGUAACGAUGACCGCUUCUCUGUCACCUACAACAGACACCUUAACGAGUGGACGCUCCACCUGCGGUACGCCCAGGCCAGGGAUGCUGGGGAGUACGUGUGUCAACUCUCCACCCAUCCACCCAUGGUCUUCAUCUCCACACUCACCAUCACACAAGCGUCGGCUGAGAUCGCCGGAGGGCCGGAGAUGCACGUGCAGGAGGGGAGUGCAGUGGUACUCAACUGCACUCUACGUCAGCACACACAGACGCCUGAGUACGUCUUCUGGUACCACAACCGCACCAUGAUCAACUUCGACACCAACAGACAGGUUUCUGUGAGGAAGACGCGAGAUGGCAGCAUCCUCACCCUGGCCGCUGUGGGACGCACAGAUUCUGGCAAUUACACGUGUGUGCCAGCCAACGCCAGGCCCGCCUCCAUCACCCUACACAUUAUAGCCGGUGACGCUCCAGCAGCGAUGCAAGUAUCGGGGACAAGUCGCCGGGGUCCAGACCAGCUGCUGCGACUGUUGCUGGUGGUGGUGGUGGUGCUGUGGGGGACCACCACCACUGUCCUCCCCCACCACAUGUUGUGAUAGACAUGUGGGUGAGUGCGGUGGCACAGGACGGGACAGCUUCUCCUUGAUCCACAACUGGCUAGUGUACAGUAGCUUUUAGAGACACUUGUUGUGAAAAUCAAUUUUCCGUGUAUAUACUGAGGAUUCGGGACAGACAUUGGAGUCAGUGUAUAUAGUACAUAUCACAUCUAUAACUACUAGCAUCCUAAACUUGUGUAAAUAGAGUGAGAUAUAUAUAAAGCCAAAUUCACACAAUGUACAAAAGUUCUUCAAUAGAAGAGUAGAGAAACUACCAAAGAAAAUAAUGUAAACUAGCAUAUGUAAUUAGGAAUAGUAAAAUAUCAAAAAGGUAAACUUGCAAAAUGUAAUUAUUGAACAACUGUAUGAAUAGUCCAAAUGUGGUUAUGUUGUGACAGGAUGGAGACAUUGUUUAUGUCAAGACCUUAAUUGAAAGAAAACGCAAGUGUAAUGGUAUAUAAUUAAUGUGAUAAAUACCCAAUAAUACAUGUAUAUGGUUCCUGCAGGGCAUAGGUCUCCAAUCUUUUAAAAUUUCAAAGCCUCAGUCAUAUUGAUGCAGCAUUGUUCAAGUUAGCUUGGGAGUGUUCAGUAUGAACACCCUGACAAGGGCAUGCGAGGAUCAAACAGCUGUCAUCAAUUGUAAAGACCUAAUGAACGAGUACGGAAUCAGUGAACAAACGCGGGCACUAUAGUAACGUGAUUGGCGAGAUACGGGAUGUAAUUGUGUUGAUUAGGAUUAAUGGUGGUCCUUAAUCUACUUGAUAACAAUGAAGUGAUCGCAAUGUCUCCCCCUAUGAUGUUUUCUUUAUAUAAACAACUUUGGUGUCAAUCAAUUUUGGCUCAGUUCUUUAACGCGAAGAACAUUGUUUUAUCGGUAACUUCCAUGAUUAUCAGGACUAUGUUAACCAUUGCUCCUUUGGCCAUCACUGGCUCAUCACUACAACAAUCUACUGUGUUACUCUGACCUAUAUUUUCUGGAUCACGUAGUGAUGGUCAUUAUUUUGUCUACUGUGACCUUUACUGUGAUGGUAAAUACUACGGCGGCCGCUGUUGUAUAAGCCAUCACUGUCCUGGCCACUGUUAUCUCAACUACUGCUGUAUUGACAUCUUGCAAUGAGAGUGACAUCAUCUAUUUGAUCAUUCAUCACGCCCUCGAAUUUGACUUAAAUUUAGCUACUGGUAGAAUAUAUUAGUAUCAGCAAUGUUUACCUCGAGCACCGCUGCGAUGUCCACCAUUAUAUAGAUCAACACUAUUGAGUCAACAGUAUAGAUUACUAUUUAGUAACUGUUACUCCGUCGAUCAAUGCUGAAGAGACCAUUGUCUCUCUGACCACUGUUUCCUUGGUCUCUGUUGUAAUGAAUACUUAAAUGGCAGCCACUGUUUCCUUGGUCUCUGUUGUAAUGAAUACUUAAAUGGCAGCCACUGUUUCUCAUAGACGCUGUUGUGUCAAGCAGAACUGCAACGACAGUAGCUAGUUCCGAUACACUUCUUAUGAGAAAAUUCACAGGAGCCGUAAUGGGGAUUCGAACCUAUGCACUGGGUGUUUCCAGGAGCAGAGGUUCGAAUCCUUAUCACGGCUGCUACGAAUUUUCUCACUGAUGCAUCACGUUAGUGUGAUUAUUCUCUGUGUAUCACUUAUUAUCUUCCGCAGCAGAGAACAGCACCCUGCCAUCGUCUCAUUAAUCUUGACCACCUGUGUUCACCUAGUUGUGCUUGUGAGGGUUGAGCUCUGGCUCUUCGGUCCCGCCUCUCAACUGUCAAUCAACUGGUGUACAGGUUCCU